AUGGCCGCCACUGAUCAACUCCGGUACGCGGCUCAGAUGAUCGAGCUGGCGCGCAGCGAAGAGAGGGAGGACGGAAACCCGCUCACGGCCGUGCGCUGCUACAUAACGGCGAUGGAGGUUAUCGCGUCAGAGGCGUCGAAGCGCGCGGCGGCGAUCGAGAGCAACGAGGCGCGUCGUUUCUUUCUCUUUCAAGUUCGAUCGAAGCUGGAGAUGUACCACGAACGUGCGGAGCUGCUCCUGCAAGUCGCGAACGGGUCGGGGCUGCUCGACAAGCCCAGCCUCAGCAGCGGCGACGCCCCGACGUUUCAAUCUACCUACCCACCUGGGCUCUUCGCGUCGGGGGCGACGAAUGAGAAGAGCGACAGCAGCAAUGGCGGCGUCGCGUUCUGCAGCACGGGCGGUGGCGGCAGUGUCCUUGGCAUUCCGCUGCAGCCCCAACAGUUGGCUCCCCCGGCUCUUCCCACACAAACUCCAUCCAGCUAUGACAACCCCAAGGAACCACCGAUGAGCUUCUACCUGAAGCCCGACGACGACGGAACGGCGGAACCGCCGCCGGUGACACCAGAGCUGGAUCUUGACGAGCUCAUGAAGAAUCUCGGCGCACCACCAGAGUUGUAG